GGUGUGGUCGGCGGAUCUCGGCGGCGCUGGUCUCGGCGGUACUCUGCGCUCUGCAAGCCGGCUCCGCGCGCCAGGGGCUGCUGAGCGCCCAGCUGACCUCCGCACGUCCAGUCCACACGGGCCCAAGCUCCCUUCAGUGACUUUCAUUUGUUAGUUUCUGAGGUAAACAAAUUCAAGGAUGAGUGAGCUGGAACAGUUGAGGCAGGAGGCUGAGCAGCUGCGGAAUCAGAUCCAGGAUGCUAGAAAAGCAUGUAAUGAUGCCACACUUGUUCAGAUCACGUCAAAUAUGGAUUCCGUGGGGCGAAUACAAAUGCGAACAAGACGUACACUGAGGGGUCACCUAGCUAAAAUCUAUGCUAUGCACUGGGGAUAUGAUUCGAGGCUACUAGUCAGUGCUUCCCAAGAUGGAAAAUUAAUUAUUUGGGAUAGCUAUACAACAAAUAAGAUGCAUGCUAUUCCUUUGAGGUCCUCCUGGGUGAUGACCUGUGCUUAUGCUCCCUCUGGUAAUUAUGUUGCUUGUGGAGGACUGGACAACAUCUGCUCUAUAUAUAACUUGAAAACCAGAGAGGGAAAUGUGAGAGUGAGCCGAGAGUUACCGGGUCACACGGGCUACUUGUCCUGCUGUCGUUUUUUAGAUGACAGCCAAAUUGUUACAAGUUCAGGAGAUACAACUUGUGCUUUAUGGGACAUCGAAACUGCCCAGCAGACCACUACAUUCACUGGGCAUUCUGGAGAUGUGAUGAGUCUUUCUCUGAGUCCUGACAUGAGGACUUUUGUUUCUGGUGCUUGUGAUGCCUCUUCAAAAUUAUGGGAUAUUCGAGAUGGAAUGUGUAGACAGUCUUUCACUGGCCAUGUGUCGGAUAUUAAUGCUGUCAGUUUUUUCCCAAAUGGAUAUGCCUUUGCCACUGGCUCUGAUGAUGCUACUUGCCGGCUCUUUGACCUUCGUGCAGACCAAGAGUUAUUAUUGUAUUCUCAUGACAAUAUCAUCUGUGGGAUCACUUCCGUAGCCUUCUCAAAAAGUGGGCGUCUCCUGUUAGCUGGGUAUGAUGACUUCAAUUGUAACGUAUGGGACACACUAAAAGGAGAUCGUGCAGGUGUUCUUGCUGGUCAUGACAACCGUGUCAGCUGUUUAGGUGUAACUGAUGAUGGCAUGGCUGUGGCAACAGGGUCUUGGGACAGUUUUCUUAGAAUCUGGAAUUAACAGCACAAAUUUUCUGUUCUCCACUGAUACCUGGAGAAGUCAGUACUACAGCCUAUAGCUGUGCAAAAGAAUUUACCUUAUAUUUGCAGGUGAAGAUUUUUCUAUUAUUAUAUACAAAAAGAAGCUUUCAGUAAACUACAAAACAAAAAAAGGUGAAAACAAGGUAAAGGUGCUUGCUGAGAUCAGGACCAGUGUAUUAAUUUGAGGAGUUGAGCUAAUUUAACCUUGAUGAAUUUUUGCUUGUACUGUCUAAUUCUUUUUCUUUGUGUAGAACAGAAUGUACACAUUAUAGCAGCCUAUCAUGUUUGAGAGUAUGUGUUUGCAUUUUUUAAGAACUACAUUUUUAACCUUGUAUACCUUAAAAAGUGUCAUAGUUUUGAGUUUUAUAGUGGAGGAACCAGGCACAGUAAUAGAUGGAAGUGAUACCAUUGAUGUGUGUACUGAUAUUUGAAGCAAGUCCCCUUGUAUUCCGACCAUUUUGAUCUAAAAGAGAUCCUGGUUGCUUACUGUUUAAGAAUGCUGACAGGCCUAGGUACCACUGAGGGGAGUCCUUGUGAAUAUCAUUAGUUUCUGCAAUAUCCUCUGCCAUCUUAUCAAUUUAAAUUAGUGCUCAUGUUUAGUCUUUUGAAGGGGACAUAAUCUGAUGGCCAGGGAAUAGAGAUCUCACUCUGAAAUUUUAGACAUACAUAAGAAACUCGUAUUAUAUUAAUUGGUAGAUAGCAGUAAUCACAUGAGAAUGGUUUCUUGUUAUUUUAAAAAGCUGGUUAUGAUCAAAUGACACUUAGGUAGCAUUCGAAAUAGCUGGGCUUUCCUAUUGAUUUCAUAUUCUAGAACUGAGUUUGUAAGGUGCACUCAUUUCAGCAGAUUGAUGAACAUUUGGACUGUCCUUGCAUCUGAAAGAUUUUUCCCAGUGUUCUCCAUCAGUGUGUAUCUAGGUAGGAAAAAUAAUGUGAUGGCAUUACGUUUUUCAAAGAAGUAUAAAAUCUAACCAGUCACCAGGUCUGACUAGUUAUAAUCAUUAAGAAAGUUGCUUUAUGAAUUUGUUCACAUAAUAUAAAAUCUGAAUUGAUGUUAACUUUCCGUGCCUUCAAAAAUUUAAAAAGCAGACAUUCAAGCUUUUUGAUCUUCUGUAAUAUUUCCUCCCAUUAGCACAAAAUAUUGGUUUCUAAGUGGUUUUGCUUCAAAGGAUACCAAG